CUGUGUUCAAUCACAGCUGAUCACAUGUUAAUAGGGAAAUGCCAGUUAUCGGCAUUUCUCUCCUCACGAGCUGUCACGCUGACAGCUCGUCAGAGGGGACAUGUGCACUGAUCAUCAGGGCACUGAUGAUCAGUGUGCCCUGAUGUUCUGUGUAGCCCCAGCAGUGCCAUCUGUCAGUGUCCAUCAGUGCCAGCUGUCAGUGCUCAUCAUGCCACCUGCCAGUGCCCAUCAGUUCCACAUCAAUGCAACAUAUCAGUGCCUACCAGUGCACAUCAAUGCCACAUAUCAGUGCCCAUCUGAGCUGCCUUUCAGUGUUACCUAUCAG